UUUUCCAGACACUGAAAGAGCAGAAUGGCUAAAUAAGACUGUAAAACACAUGUGGCCGUUUAUUUGCCAGUUUAUAGAGAAGUUGUUUCGAGAAACCAUAGAACCAGCUGUGCGGGGAGCAAAUACCCACCUUAGCACCUUUCGUUUCACGAAGGUUGACAUGGGUCAGCAGCCCAUCAGGAUCAAUGGUGUUAAGGUGUAUACCGAAAAUGUAGAUAAAAGGCAAAUUAUUCUGGACCUUCAGAUUAGUUUUGUAGGAAAUUGUGAGAUUGAUUUGGAGAUCAAACGAUAUUUUUGUAGAGCUGGUGUGAAAAGUAUACAGAUUCAUGGUACAAUGCGGGUGAUCCUGGAACCACUGAUCGGAGACAUGCCCUUAGUCGGAGCUUUGUCUGUCUUCUUCCUUAGGAAACCACUUUUAGAAAUUAACUGGACAGGACUGACUAAUCUUCUGGAUAUCCCUGGAUUGAAUGGGUUAUCAGAUACUAUCAUUUUGGAUAUAAUAUCAAACCAUCUGGUGCUUCCCAAUCGAAUCACCGUUCCUCUUGUCAGUGAAAUUCAAAUAGCUCAGUUGCGGUUUCCUGUACCAAAGGGUGUUCUAAGGAUACAUUUUAUUGAAGCUCAGGAUCUUCAGGGGAAAGAUACUUAUCUUAAGGGACUUGUCAAGGGAAAGUCAGACCCCUAUGGAAUUAUUCGAGUUGGCAACCAAAUCUUCCAAAGCAAGGUUAUCAAAGAGAACCUUAGUCCAAAGUGGAACGAAGUGUUCGAGGCUUUAGUCUAUGAACAUCCUGGACAAGAAUUAGAGAUUGAGCUCUUUGAUGAAGACCCAGACAAGGAUGACUUUUUAGGAAGUCUUAUGAUUGAUCUUAUUGAAGUUGAAAAGGAGCGCCUUUUAGAUGAAGUGCUGGCAGGCAUCAGAGCUGACAAAGACCAAGCCAAUGAUGGUCUUUCUUCUGCAUUGCUGAUCUUGUAUUUGGAUUCAGCAAGGAACCUUCCGUCAGGAAAGAAAAUAAACAGCAACCCAAAUCCUCUUGUACAAAUGUCGGUUGGGCACAAGGCUCAAGAGAGUAAGAUUCGGUACAAAACCAAUGAACCUGUGUGGGAGGAAAACUUUACCUUCUUCAUUCACAAUCCUAAGCGCCAGGACCUUGAAGUCGAGGUCAAAGAUGAACAGCAUCAGUGUUGUCUGGGGAACCUGAAGAUCCCCCUCAGUCAGUUGCUCACAAGUGACGACAUGACCUUGAAUCAGCGAUUCCACCUCAGUAACUCGGGUCCAAACAGCACAAUAAAAAUGAAGCUUGCCCUCAGGGUACUCCAUCUCGAAAAGCAGGAAAGACCUCCAGACCACCAACAUUCAGCUCAAGUAAAACGACCCUCUGUUUCCAAAGAAGGGAGGAAAACAUCUGUCAAAUCUCAGAUGUCUGCAUCUCCAGGCACUGGUGGCAGCAACACAGCUCCGUCCACACCUGUCAUUGGGGACAGGGAUAAGCAUGGUGUAGAAGAGAAAACCCAGCCCACUGACGCUAGCCCUCAGGGCCUGCGGGACCUGGGCAAAAGCUCCUCCAGCCUCCUGGCCUCCCCGAGCCACAUCUCUGUCAAGGAGCCCACCCCUAGCAUCGCGUCCGACAUAUCACUGCCCAUCGCCACCCAGGAGCUGCGGCAAAGGCUGAGACAGCUUGAAAACGGGACGACCCUGGGACAGUCUCCCUUGGGGCAGAUCCAGCUGACAAUCCGGCAUAGCUCGCAGAGAAACAAGCUCAUCGUGGUGGUGCACUCCUGCAGAAAUCUUAUUGCCUUCUCUGAAGACGGCUCCGAUCCAUAUGUCCGCAUGUAUUUAUUACCAGAUAAGAGGAGGUCAGGAAGGAGGAAAACACAUGUGUCAAAGAAGACGUUAAAUCCAGUGUUUGAUCAAAGCUUUGACUUUAGUGUUUCAUUACCGGAAGUGCAGAGGAGAACGCUGGACGUGGCAGUGAAGAACAGUGGUGGCUUCCUGUCCAAAGACAAAGGGCUUCUUGGCAAGGUAUUGGUUACUCUGGCAUCUGAAGAACUUACCAAAGGCUGGACCCAGUGGUAUGACCUCACGGAAGACGGGGCGAGGCCACAGGUGAUGACGUAGCCACACUGGCGCGAGGCAGCCUGCUCAGUGUCUCUUCCCCACCUCUCCUCGCACACAUCCCCUCACAGACGAACCAAUGUUAUUUUUAUAAUUUCAUGUAUUUUUAGUUAUACAUACCUUAUUAAGUUUUAUAAAACUGUUGCCAUUUUAGGCAAAUUUGGCCAAUAUUAUUGUUAAAUUUUGUAUGUUGAAUUUCCUCUAGUAUUUCACCAGUUAUUACAACGUGCGGUAGGAUAGUAGUUAAUUAUUGUGUGUGUAAAACUCUGUCAUUCGUAUCUGCUAGGAAGCAGAUACAUGUACGUGCUUUAAUAUUGCCUUGUUUUAUAUAUCACUGAGCUGCACUAUGCCAUGUAAAUAGAUUCUAUUUUUUAUAAUCUCUACAUGCUGGUUUGAAUUGAGAAGAAAAUGGAUCAAGGAAAUAUAUAUUUUCUUCUAAAACUUAUUAAAUUCUUGUGACAAAUAAUCAUUUUCAUCUUUGCAGCAAAAAGUUCUCAGUGAUCGAUUUUGUGUUUUCUUUUUAAAAAGAAAAACUGAAAGAUUAUUAAAUGUUAGUAUAUUUCUGCCCAUAAGUGAUAAAAAGAAGUAUUCAAAAUAUUAACAUUUUCAUAAGUACAAAGAUAUAUUAUUGAGAAGUUAGUUGAAGGGCUUAUGAGGAGAAGUGUUUUAUAACUGAGUCAUAUAAAAUAUUAAGAGAAUUAUCAUGAUUCAUAAAUCACUGUAUACUAAUCUGAAAUUUCUUACAUAAAAAUGAAAUGUCUUAAGUUUAUUU